CAUUGUGUGUGGCCUUGACCUUUCUGGAGGAACGGAUGGGAUGGAUGAAGAUUCGUAUCAACUCUGAUGGUUAAUAAUAUUGGUGUUUAUACGAAUACGAAUGUCUGCAGCGCAUGAAAGACAGUUACACGAACAACACGUCUUAAAGAGUGGGACACCGGCAGUUACUUCGAUAAUGUCAGCAAAGAGGGACUUAUUUCCAGUCAUAGAACCGUUCCACUCCGGAACACUGAAGGUUUCUGAAAUUCACGAACUCUAUUACGAACAAUGUGGGAAUAAGGACGGCAAUCCAGUUAUAUUUCUUCACGGGGGACCAGGGAAUGGCACCUGUCCAAGAGACCGUCGAUUUUUUGACCCUGUGGCCUACAGAAUCAUCCUUUUUGACCAGAGGGGGGCUGGAAAGUCGACACCUCCUUCAGAACUCCGUGAAAACACAACUUGGGACCUGGUAGAGGAUAUAGAACGUCUGAGAAAACACCUGGGGAUCGACAAGUGGGUGGUGUUUGGGGGGAGCUGGGGAGCGACUCUCUCUCUCGCUUACGCCGAGACACAUCCCAGUCGUGUAAAGGCUCUCAUCCUGAGGGGUAUCUUUGGCUUGACAAGACGGGAAACGCUAUGGUCUAACCAGGAUGGGGCCUGUCACAUAUUUCCCGAUAUUUGGGAGGACUAUUUGGCCCCUAUACCAGAGGGAGAAAGGGGAGACAUGAUGAGUGCAUACUAUAGAUAUCUGACGGGUGACGACGAGGAAAAGAUGAUCCAGGCAGCCAAGGCGUGGAAUAAAUGGAAGCUGGCCACGUGCAGCCUGUUGAUGGACAAGGAACUGGUAAAGAACGCUGAGGAAGACAAGUGGCCACAGCGUGGAGCGAGGAUUGAAACUCAUUAUUUUGUUCAUGGCGGAUGGCUUAAGACGGACGAUCAACUUUUGAAAGAUGUGGAGAAAAUUCGUCACAUCCCAGGAACAAUUGUCCAUGGCCGCUAUGAUGUUGUCUGUCCCAUGGAAACGGCCUGGAUCAUUCAUAGGAGGUGGCCCGAAGCUGAGUUCCACGUUGUACCAGAUGCGGGACAUACUACAAAGGAGGCCGGGGUACUUCAUUAUCUAAUCGAGGCCACAGAUAAGUACAAAUAUCUGUGAUAAAAUGGUCUAUCUGGAAUGGAACAUUGACUUUUAACAUUCUUACUUUUUUAUUAUAAUGUCUGGUAUCCGUCCUAAUUAGGUGACUAAUCAGGCUAUAAAUAGAUUUGAUUGAUCGACUAUUUCUAAAAUGUUGAUACUACAAAUAUAUAGGUCGAACGGGAUAGAUUGAUUAAGAGUUUUGAAAUAACCAUAAGAAUCUAGGUUAUGAAUUCAAUAUUCAAAUACUUCCUGAUAACUGACUAAGAAUACAAUAAUGUAUAUAUAUGAUACAAUUGUUUAAAGUAAAGCCGUACAUGUCUAGGCUUUUCUGCGUUGUCAAUUUAAGAUGUAAAUAAAAGUCGUCAUGAUGUA